GAGUUUGUUGUUUUUUUGUACGCUAAAUUUUUUACAUUCAUUUGAGUUGGCAUGGUGGGAGUAUCUUCGUGAACAAUGAAAACUUCUAUAGAAUCGGUGUUCAAUAAACGAAGUUUUGAGGCUGCUGUCGAAUAUUCUAAAAAUAACAACGUUCAAAUAGAAUGUGGUAAGAAACUCGCUACAAAUGCUGGCAUAAAACGAGGUGACAAAAUCUUAGAUAUGGGCUGUGGAACAGGAGAACUCACUUCAUUUCUUAGCGAAAUUGUCGGCAGAGAUGGUUUAGUUGUCGGCGUUGAUCCGGACUUCGGGAGAAUUCAAUAUGCCAAACAAAGAUAUUUGAACAUGCACGGAAAUCUGUUAUUUGAACAUGGCGACAGUUCAAUUAAUUUUACCCAACGAAACAAAUCCUACUACGAUGUCCAUUUUAGCAAUUUCGUGAUUCAAUGGCUUUCUCCAGAAAGAAAGGAAGAAUUCGGGCGAGUCGCUUUUCGGAGCCUAAAGCAUGGGGGAAGAAUUGCAGUUCUAAGUCACGAAGGUGACCAGGAAAUGAUAAAAAAAGCCGAAGAAAUUAUUUUCAAAAGUCAUUGUUCGUCACUCUAUCAGCAAGGUGACCCAUUUAAAAGAGCUCGUCCAUUCUUUAUAAACAAAUCAGAAACAGAAAGUCUUCUCAUUGAAUGUGGUUUUGAAAUCUUUUCAAGUGAAUAUCACCCAGUAAAUUAUACGUACGCGUCGAUCCUCGAUUUUAUUAAUUUCCUUGUCGCUUCAGAUUAUAAAGAUGGGAAAAAAAUCUCGUCGAGUGGGCUAAAUAAGUUCAUGGAAAUGUUUGGAAAUGUUGAUGGAAGUGUUGGUAUAUUCGAUCCCACAGUUUACCAGAUUGUAGCACAUAAGAUAUAAUUUAGAUUUACAGCCACUUAGCUUUAUAUUUACAUACGUACUCACUGCACGAAAGUAAAGAUACAACAGAUAAAUUAAAUCAAUUUACGAGAAGGUGAAAAUCAUCAUUACUUACUCGUGCUUAUUUUAAUUACAUAUGUGAUUAACACCAUGAAUUAAAAUACAUACAAAAUGAUUUAGCACAUUGUCCAGUGCAUAAUUAGCUUUUUUAUUUUAACUGGCUCAUUGAUCUGAUCGAUAGCGCUCAAGAUAUUGUAUUGUAUUUCUUACAGCUUUUUUAGUAAGGUUGCUAUAAAUUUGUGAAAACCAUAAA